GGUAUGGCAAGAGACAUAAGACCGAGAGCGCGAGAGAGAGAAAUGUGUACUAUUUAUGGGCAUGUAGCAAGCGAAGGACAACCCGAGCGACUCGAAAGGCCGAAGCACAUGUGAACCCAGACCAGGGACUUUACCCACAGCGAAAUAAAACCAUAGUUAUUCGAGGCGGCGAGAAAGUGAAAGCCUAGGACACGCUCUCAGAAAAGUGCCAAAGCAGUGCCAGGUGAAGGUGUCGCGGCAGUGGCACGGCAGAUGGCUCGGGACCUCGUGAUAGAGGGUGACGAGCAGCUGUGCAGGUGGUCCGCGCGAGGCAUUGUUGGCGCAGGUGGUCGGGUCGGUUCGGGGAGCAGCGCCACCUGAGUUACUGCAGGUCGCAUGGUGGCACGAGGCAUCAUCUGCAGCAGCAUCCUGGAACCUGCCGGAGGAAUCUUGCGGAGACCUUGCGGGGGCGUGAGAACCAGCCUCCAGGACAGCGACGCGACCAGCAAGAAGACCUCGCCGGGUUCUUCCUUUUCCUCCUACUCCUCUUCUUCCCUCUCUUCCUCCUGACGUGAGUCUGUCGUCAUCAGUCCUCCUUUCCUUCUCUCCCUUUAUCGCCGUUUCGAUCGGGUCGCCCCAUUACGCUCUCUGCCAUUAGCGUUCCCUCUCCCCUCCCCCCCUAUCCAACCCGACUCGCUGACUCUUCCUGCCGCUUUCCCCUCUCCUCUCUCCCGCUUCGCCCUCGCCUCUUCUCGGCUCAGACCGCGCUGUGUUUGCCAAGGACUUUUCCAGCGCGAGUAAAAGUGUGGGCUGCGUCCGCGUGACGGCGGCGAGGCUUGAGUUGCCGCUGGACUCCUCGCUGCGCCCCACAGUCGCUGCAGACGCCACGACGUGCACUUGCGCGGCCCGCUCUCUCUGCUCCCUGCUGGCCGCCUGUCAUGCCCCUCCGUUCCUGCGGACGCGUUUCCUCCUGUUCCGCCAAUCGCCCCCUCUGACGGCGCUUGUCCUCGUGCGACCCGCCGUCCUAUGUGACAGGAGACAGCCGCUGCGCCUGCAUCGUCGUCGGCCGCAAGAGCGUGUAUCGAGCGAUCGUCCCCGGAAGACGGACGCCGGAGCGAGAGUUCGCAGGAGCCUUCAGGAGCGACGCGGAUCCGCCUAGGACGCAGCCGAGAGGCCCCAGGACGCCAGCAGGGCUCCCUCCCGCGCUUGGACCUCUGGCAGGAUGAGUACCGUCGCGGACUUCUACCGUGACCGGAGCGUGCUCAUCACGGGCGCCACGGGCUUCAUGGGGAAGGUCCUGGUGGAGAAGCUGCUCAGGUCAUGCCCGGGCCUCUCCAAGAUCUACCUGCUCAUGAGGCCGAAGGGCGGGCACCACGUGGACGCCAGGCUGGACGAACUCCUCAACUCGAAGCUUUUCGACCAGCUGAGAUCGUCGUGCCCGGAGGUGCUGGGGAAGCUGGUGGCGGUGCAGGGGGACAUCACCCUGCCGGGGCUGGGCAUCUCCCCCGCCGACGCCGCCACCCUCGCCUCCAACAUCUCCGUCGUCUUCCACGCCGCCGCCACCGUGAAGUUCGACGAGGCCCUCAAGCUGUCGCUGCAGAUGAACGUGCUCGGGACGCGGCGCCUCGUCGAGCUGUGCCACAAGAUGGAGAAGCUGGUGGCGUUGGUUCAUGUGUCCACGGCUUAUUGUAACUGCGACCGGGUGGAGGUGAAGGAGGUAGUGUAUCCGCCUCCUAUUGACCCUUACAAACUGAUUCAGCUUGUCGACUGGAUGGAUGAUGACACUUUCAACCACCUCACGCCUAAGUUGAUUGGUUCCCGGCCUAACACCUACACCUACACAAAGGCUUUGGCCGAACAUGUGUUGGUUCAAGAGGCAGGAUCUCUACCACUUGCCAUUGUCCGGCCAUCAAUAGUGGCAGCAGCCUGGCGAGAACCUCUCCCCGGAUGGGUUGACAACCUGAACGGUCCAACAGGUCUCAUUGUGGGUGCUGGUAAGGGCAUGCUAAGGACCCUGCACUGUCGAGGGGAACUGGUGGCAGACCUCAUACCUGUAGACAUACCUAUCAACCUGCUGAUUGUCACUGCUUGGCACACAGCCACGCAGAGAAUGAAGGAAAUAGUUGUGUAUAACUGCGUUUCGGGGAUAGAGCGGCCCGUGCGAUGGGGCGAGAUCAACGAGCACGGAAUGAUUGCACUACGCAGGAAUGCCAUGAAUGAUGUGGUGUGGUACCCAGACCUGCGCUUCACCCAGCACAAGACUCUCAACACCAUCGCCGUCCUCCUUCAACACUGGCUUCCGGCCUAUCUCAUGGAUGCCGCGGCCAGGCUGGCAGGGAAGCGCCCUAUCAUGGUUAGGAUUGCUCAGAAGCUAGACCGUGCAGCCUCAUGCUUAGAAUACUUCACAACUCACGAGUGGAGGUUCUGCAACGAGAACGUACAAGGCCUGUGGGAGAGUCUAUCAGAGACGGACCAGAAGACCUUUAACUUUGCUCUCUCAGCCCUCCAUUGGCCCACCUAUAUGGAGCAGUACUGCCUAGGAACCAAGCGCUAUGUCAUGAAGGAAGAACUGAGCACGCUGCCCACAGCUCGCAAACACCUCUCAAAGUGAGUAUCGUGCUUUUGUCUUUAGAGAAA